AUGGCAUCGGAGAAGCUACUCACCGCCGCGGCCGCCGGCAACGUGGCGACACUGGAGCGGCUGAUCAUCCGAGAAUUUGCAGACGUCGAGGUGAAAGAUGAUGAAGGGCACACGCCAUUGAUCCAAGCGGCGCGCUUUGGACAUCUGAAGGUCAUCCAGCGUCUCUUAGAGCUUCGGCCUCAAUUGGCGCUCAACAGCAGCGACCUCCAGGGUCUUACAGCCUUGGACCAUGCGGUGGAGGCCAAGCACCAGGAGAUCAUCGAUUAUAUGCUGGCUGACGUGACUUUGCUGAAUUUCCGACGAGGACUGUUGCCGGCGGUUCAGAAAGGCGAUGAGGCCUUGGUGAAGCAGCUUCUGGAUUCGGAGCCCAGUAGUGCCUGGCUCGAAACCUGUGACGCGCGGGGUGCAAGCCUGCUGCACUUAAGCGCCAAGCGCCAAGAUUGCCCCAUUCUGCUGGAGCUCCUCCGGAACCGUGCAGAGGUGAAUCGCCUGGACCGAUACGGGCGAACUCCUCUGGACGUGGCGCCGAGCUCGAGCGAGGCGGCCUUCCUCUUGCAGAAGCGAGGUGUGAUGGGAGAGCUGUUGCGUGCGGAUCCAACUAUGAUGGACAAUUCGACAUUCAUCCACUCUCUGAGGAGGAAGGCCGCCUCUGAGAAGAAGGGAAUGUGCUACACGCAAGCGUUGGAUCUUGCUGUGGCUGAAGAAGAACUUCACUGGAGGUGCAUGACAUGUGCCACAUGGAGGGGAAUGGAGUGGCUGCGAAGGUGGACCGUUCAUCCAGGGUUUGAUUCAGAGGCCACCGCCCGGUUGAAGGUCUUGCUGGAAGCCUUGGUUGCAGACCAACCCUUCCACUAUAAGCAGGUCUUGGAGUCUGGGCUCACGCCUUUCUCCUUGAAACUGCGCGGAACCGAGAGAGACGCGGAGACGUUCCGCGCGCGUUUCCCGCGUUCCCAGCGGGUCUUCGACUCCGGGUGUGCCUCAGAUGGAAAGAGAAAAGAACCGGCUGGGGUACCAGAGAUGUUCAACCUAGCGAGCACCUGGAUUGGCGCUAUCCUGCCACAUGUGCUGGCGAAGAUCGAUCGAGUCUCCUAUGGGCUACUGAGCAAGAAGCAGCUGGAGGCCGCUGAUGAGAAGACUCCCUUCUCACGCUUGGUCAUGGCUGUGCCCUUCGUGGGCAAGGAUGUGCCGUCCCGUAGUAGUGAGUUCGCGCAUCCCGACGUGGCCAUUGGUCUCACCAUCCUGGCCUAUCGCUUUGAGGGCCUACGGCCGAGCGACGUGCGAAGCAUCGUGGCACAGCUGAAGCAGGAUGGUGCCCGGCAACUGAGGCCGCGCGAUACGCGGCCUGCGCAUGUGCUCUUUGAAUCAUGGGUACGGCAGGCCGGAUGCUGCCGAGGAUACAAGAUGAGAAGGUUGGAUGAAGAGCUCUCAAGGAACAUCUUGCCGCUGUCUCUCUUUCAGCCAACGGAUCCGAAGCAGAUGGCACGACUCUAUCGCCAGAUCCAGAACACCAGCGAAGUGGCACAUUUUUGGCUUCGGCAGCACGUGUUCCCAGUCACGAUGAACUUUCAUCCCCUCAAGAUUUCUGCCAGUGGACAUGAAUUGGGCAGCUCGUUGCUCUUUGGCUAUCGUUUGGGCUUCAGUGGUACCCCCAGCAACUUGCUCCCCGAGGACUUGGGAGAAUGUUUCUACGAGCCAGGCAGUGACGGACAGGUCACGGCGGUGCUCACAGACCCCAAGGUGACCAGUGCUGAGGUUUGUGAGCCUGACUGGAGCCCCUUGAAGCUCUUAGAGCGAGUGGCACAGGGACAGUUCCAUGCUCUCAUUGACACAGGUGCUCUCAUCACCAACAUGGACAAUGAACAGGUUGCUCGAGAGCUCUUGGCCAAGCUACCACCACAAGACUUUGAUGGCGUGGUUUUCUUAGACCCGAGCGAUCGGAAGAUGAUCUUGCUGAGGGGUUCCUCCUCGACGGGCGCGGCUCGGGCGGUCUCGUUGGUGACCAGCGGCGUGGUGCCGGAACGGCGCUUCACCUUCUUCGAUCAGGUGCAUACCACGGGCAUGGACAUCCUGGCGGCUCCUUGUGCCAAAGCCGUGCUCACCGUUGGGAAGGACAUGAACUUCAGGGACUAUGCACAAGGCGCCUUCCGCAUGCGCAAGGUGGGCAAAGGUCAAUGCAUCCAUUUGCUGGUCAUCCCAGAGGUUCAAACCCGCAUUGUUGCUGAACUGGGUGGCAGCGGGCAGCUGAUCCUGGAUGUGCCCAAGUGGCUUUUGCUGAACUCCUGCCGUUCCGAAUCAUUGCAGUCUUUGAAGUUGUUGGCACAGGAGCUGAGCAACGGCUGGCGGAAGCAGGCGCUCCAACACCUUUGCUCCGACGUCAUUGCCCACGAGAAGAUGCCGCCCGCCCAGCGGAUGCGACGCUUCUGCUCCGCGGAGCCCCUGAGAGCCUGUUUGCGGCCAUUCCAGGACCAAAUCAGCUUCAAGGUGGAGGAUCAGAUCAUCGCACCGAGGUCUUACAGGGACACCAUGAAGCAGCAGUGCGAUGAGCACUGGCCCUUUUCUCAGGAGGACCUCGCUCGGCAGACCGUGCUCCUGGAGCGCAUUGCGGCAGAGUCGCAGGUGGCCGAACACCAGGAGAUGCAUCAGGGCUUUGCAGCGGAGGUGGUACACGAGCAGGAACAGGAGCAGCAACAAGAGCAAGAGGAGGAGCAGGAGGAGGAGCAAGAGAACGCCUUCACGCGCGAUGAUGAGCAAGCCAAUCCAUGGCGAGCUCAAGUGUUGUCCGAUGCGCCAAAGGAGGAGGGUGAGGGCGAACGGCCCUUCUACCGGUUGUGCCACUUUCGUGCGCGGCCAGAGCAGCCACAGCUGCCUUUGGAUGAUGAGCUUUGGCUGAGCGACAACUUCUUCCGUCCCAGUUGGGUAGGCCUCGGGGAGAGACGCUUGAAGACGGCCAGCGUCUUGCUGGAGUGGCACCCGGAGAUCUCUCAGGCGCGGCAGAAGCGUGGGAUGCAGAAGCGGGUACGUCGCAUCUUCGAAGAGUUGCAGCAGACAGGUGUAGCACCAACGGAGGCAGCGAUGAAAGCCCUGAUGAAAGCCAAGGAGUCCAUUCGCACUGAACCCUUGACGCCCGAAGAGUUGGCAGGAAGUGAUGAGGGGCAUCGCUACCUGGUGCUGGUCACCUUGGCUGAGGCCGAGACCCUGCGUUGGCUGGCGCGCAGCAGCAGUAGCUCUUCUUCGCCCCUGCGUGAUGUGGGCUUCGCGCUCCGGAGCUUGGGUGGAAGGCCCUUGGAGGCCUCCGCUGGCUUCGUGCGUGGUGAGGAGAAGAUCGACAGGCUCCUGUCACUGGUGCGGCUGUUCAACUGCGAGAUGUUCUUCACCAAGGUGGAACUCGAGACCUUGGAGGCGCAGCUCCAUGAGGUGCCUUUGCAUUUGCGGCAGAAUUGGUUCGAAGAGCUGUUGCGCUUGCGCCGAAGAAGAGCACGCUUCCUUUGGCUGGACACACCAGUGGCAAAACUCUUUACUCCACAGGAGGAAUGGAAAUCCCUCCGAGCUCAAUCCCUGCGCUGCGCGCUGCAGCGCGCCUUGCGACACUUCGCUGGGCCCUUGGAGGAUCUCGAGGCACUACUGCGGCCGAUGAGCCCCGAUGCCCUGGGGCAGCACCUGCUGAGGCUGAGGCAGGGCUGA